AUGCUCCGCAAGCACACGUACCAGGACGAGCUCCUCCAGAGCAAGCGCGCCAUAGCCCUCACGUCCUCUGCGGAGCUGGGCUCGACGGCCUGCCUGUUCCGAUCAGACCGCCCCACCGCCGCGGCCCGGGAGAAGCUCUUCGACAAGGCGCUGACUCCCAGCGACGUGGGGAAGCUGAAUCGGCUGGUGAUUCCGAAGCAGCACGCGGAGAAGCACUUCCCCCUGCAGGUCAACGGCCCCGCCUGCAAGGGGACUCUGGUGAAUUUCGAGGAUCCCUGCGGGAAGGUGUGGCGCUUCCGCUACUCCUAUUGGAACAGCAGCCAGAGCUACGUGCUCACCAAAGGCUGGAGCCGCUUCGUGAAGGAAAAGGCCCUCAAAGCCGGCGAUCUCGUCGGCUUCCACCGUUCCACCGGACCCGAAAGGCAUCUCUUCAUCGACAUGAAGCCCCGCGUCACCGCUACCGUACCGGGUGUCCUGCCAGUGCAGGCAGACAGCAGGCCUCUUCAAGUGAUGAGGCUGUUCGGAGUCAACAUCGUCAACGUUUCCACCGGUGGACACCGUGAGGUGGACGAGAGCUCUGCGGGGAAGAGAUUACUGGAGAUCAAGUUUCUGCCUCCGGCCCAGCUUUGUAAGAGGCAAUGCUUGGGAGCUUUGUGCGUUUGA